AUCAAUACACAAAUAAAUAUUAGCGAUUUCAAAUAGAAAGAGAGGGAGAAAUAGUGAGAGAAAAAGAGGGGUAUUUCAGUCAAUUGCGCGACUGUCACUCUCGUAGUCUCGUUCUCACUUCUCACUCCACCGGCGGCGGAAGAUUCUUCUCUUCAUCCAACACUCAAAAUUCAAACCAGCUCCCUCUUCACUCUCACUCAUUCAGUCACUCAAUCACUCGCCCCAAAUCAGUGAGUCACUCGCAACAUCCGGAUUCGAGGAAAGAGAAAAUGUACUCAGCAAGAAGAGAAGGAGAAGAGUACGCGGAAAUGGAGGAGAGGUCUUUGGAAACUUUUAAUGGCGACCACCCGAUUAACAAAUCCGGACCCAACGAUGUGGAUCGGGUUUUGUACAAUGACCUUGUUGAAAUCGUUCCUCUCGUUCAAUCCCUCAUCGAUCGGAAUGCUACCAGCUCAUUUACCAGAAGGGGUUCCAUGAUAUAUACCAAGACUCCUUCUAGAGAUUCCAAGAAGAAUGGUAAGAAUGGAGUUAAGUCUAAGCAUGCAGACAAAGUACAAGACAAGUGUUCUAAGAAUGAUACAGAUGGAUCUCCAAAUGAUCAAUCAGUUUCAUCAGCAAGUAUGGCUGCAGAAAAAGAAGAGUUGAACUCUCUGAGGGAGCAGCUGGAGGAUCUACGCCAGCAAUUGUCCGAAAAAGAUGAACUCCUAAAAGCAGCAGAAAAUGCUAAGAGUCAGAUUAAUUUGAUACAAUCACAAGUUAACGAGCUGAAGCAAUUUGCCUCUGAAAAAGAUUCUCUUUUUAGGUCAAGUCAAUCACAACUUAAUGAUGCCAAGAUAAAGCUAGCAGACAAACAAGCAGCUGUCGAGAAGUUACAGUGGGAAGCAAAGACAUCCAAUCAGAAGGCGGAGAGACUCCAAGAUGAAUUAGAUUCCACGCAAUCACAGAUUUCAUCACUAAUGCAUAUAUUUGAAGGCUUGUCAAACGAUGACGCCGUCUCACCUUCUGAGGAUUAUGACACUACACCAGACUAUGCGGUUCAUCUACCUGACAUAGACCAUAUUGAUGAAAAUGAGAUGCAAAAGAUGGAGGAGGCAAGAGAAGCUUAUGUUGAUGCAGUUGCUAUGGCAAAAGAGAAGCAAGACGAGGAAUCACUUCUUGCUGCCUCUAGAGCAAGAUUACACCUUCAGUCAAUUGUUUUCAGGACCAAUGCCGAGUCUUAACGUACAAUGCCGUUAACCAGUCCACCGAAAACCGAAGGUGGUUGCCAGCCACUACUGUAUUAUAAAAUUAUGCAGGCAUGCUUGUGGUGAUCACAUCUUUAUCAUGCAAGGCAGUACACGCGCAUGGGUUGAAGUCAAGAAGUAUUUGACACUGUCUUCAGGAUUGUGCUGUGGAUUGUCACCAUCAUUUUGCACACAAUAAGAUCAAGCAGCUCUUUCUUUGUUUGGCUUUUUAAUCACAUUGUUUAUAUGCUACAGAAAAGAAAGGUAGAGCAUUGCAUUGUCAUGUUUCAACUGUGUGAAAUUUGUUUUUAGUGUGUAAACUGUGCGCAUUCUGAUUUAUGAAUGGUGAAAAUUUACUCAUUGAAGAAAUUGCAAAUGCUGAA